CGUUUUUCGGACUGUGGAACUUUGUAACGUUGAGGAUGUUUUAUACGUGCAACCACAACUUUGUAUCACGGAAUCAGUGAAAUCAAGUGAUAUCAACAACCACAUAACCUUUGAGAAAGCUCAAAGAAUAGUUUGAAGUUGCAAGUGAAGCUUUGUGCGGCUGAGCGGAAGCUCCAUAUUUGUCCCAAUAAAGUAAAAAUACGAAGACUGUCUGCAGGUGGUAGUUACGCCCGUGGCGAAGAAGCACUCUCAAAAUGCUGAAAAGAUCAUCAACGUUAGAUGAAAGUCUGGACCCAAAGCGGGGGAGACAGGAUUCAGCCGGAGCAGGUCAUGGACUAGAUAUAAAAGCCAUGAUGGAGCAGGCCAAACGUCAGAUCCAGGAAAAGAAACGGCAACUGGCAGAGUCGCAUAACCGAACUCACGUACCCAGUCCUUCAGCCCAAACUUCUCACAGCGCCUUAUCUCGAAUCGAACAGCUUAAAGCCCAAAUAGAAGCUCGUGCAGCCGCUAAAGUGAUCCCCGCUAUGGUAGCUCGAAUGGCUCCACCGCCACCAGGACAAGCUCCCCCACAGCCUGUAGGACCGUCGCCAGUUGUACUAGACUCAGAUGGCUGCACCCGCGAUGCACUUGGCCGAGAGGUGAAACUGCCGUCAUAUCAACCGACCUCUCUAGCCAAUAUUAGAAAAAUUAAGCAGGACAAGUUUCAGCAAAUCAGUUCAUCAGUUAAAGAAGAACCGCAACAAGACGCCUCAUUCUUCGACGCUCGAGUACAGAUUAAAGCAGCCGGCCGCUCAAGAAGAACGUUCAAGUUUGUGGAGAAGGGCAAGUAUGAGCAACUGGCUGAGAAACUCCGAACGAAGGCAAAACUUGAAAAACUACAAAAUGAAAUUCAUUCUGUAGCUAAAAGGACUGGUAUUCAGAGCGCCACCACACUUGCACUCAUUGUUCCAAAGAAGGAAACAAUAAUCAAAGGUGAAACGCCAGAAAUUGAGUGGUGGGAUAAUCUGAUCGUGGAGUCAUACGAUGAAGUGUUAUGUGAUGAAAACACCCCUUGCAGUAGUAGCAAUCAGAAAAGCAUAGUGGGAGUGACGAAUCUUGUAGAACAUCCGAUACAGAUGAAAGCGCCAACGGAUACAGGAAAGCCACCUGUUCUGCCCGUAUUCCUUACGAAGAAGGAAAGGAAAAAGUUACGGCGACAAAACCGCCGAGAGGUCCAAAAAGAAAAAAUGGAACGCAUUCGUCUUGGCCUUGAGCCACCGCCAGAACCUAAGGUAAAAAUGUCAAAUAUGAUGCGAGUGCUGGGACAGCAGCAAGUGGCUGACCCGACUAAAGUAGAAGCACACGUCCGUGAACAAAUGGCAAAGAGGCAACGAGAGCAUGAACAGGCCAAUGCAGCGCGGAAACUCACUGAUGAACAACGACGUGAAAAGAAGACAAGAAAGAUACAGGAAGACACUUCGCUUGGUGUUCAUGUCUCGCUUUACAGGAUCCUGAGCCUGACGUCGCAAUCGAAACGAUUUAAGGUGGAGACCAAUGCCAAGCAGUUACAGAUGACAGGCUGUGUCUUGUUAUUUCGCAACGUGAAUCUCGUAGUCGUUGAAGGUGGCCCAAAACAACAAGCAAAAUUCAAAAAAUUAAUGCUGAACCGGAUCAAAUGGGCAGAGGACCAGGUAUCUAGAGACGGGACGGACCAAGGUGAAAAAGUGAAUAACGAGUGCGUACUUGUAUGGGAAGGCCAAGUAAAGAUGCGGAGCUUCGGAGAAGUUAAGGUGAAAUCGCUGCAAACAGAAGUUCAAGCACGGGAAUUGUUCAAAAAACAUAACGUCGAACAAUACUGGGAUCUUGGCUACAGUACCACAGUAUUAGCAUUGGCUGAACGGAACAGUUAAUAAUUAACAAAUAUAAGGCGUACCUUCACCUAGAUAUAAUAUUGUAAUAAUAAUACAUUUUCAUGGAAAUUGCAUGUGUAUACACAAGAGUUGUUCUUAAUUUUAUCAAAACUAACGUUAUGCGAAAAUAUAAAUGUUCAUAUAUUUACAU